CACGCCCAGCACCGCGUCGACCACUUCGCCUACCCCGGCGCGUCCGUCGUCGUCGUCCACGCCCAGCACCGCGUCGACCACUUCGCCUACCCCGGCGCGUCCGUCGUCGUCGUCCACGCCCAGCACCGCGUCGACCACUUCGCCUACCCCGGCGCGUCCGUCGUCGUCGUCCACGCCCAGCACCGCGUCGACCACUUCGCCUACCCCGGCGCGUCCGUCGUCGUCGUCCACGCCCAGCACCGCGUCGACCACUUCGCCUACCCCGGCGCGUCCGUCGUCGUCGUCCACGCCCAGCACCGCGUCGACCACUUCGCCUACCCCGGCGCGUCCGUCGUCGUCGUCCACGCCCAGCACCGCGUCGACCACUUCGCCUACCCCGGCGCGUCCGUCGUCGUCGUCCACGCCCAGCACCGCGUCGACCACUUCGCCUACCCCGGCGCCGCCCACGGCCUGGCCUACGCCCCGCCCACGGCGUUGGACUCCAUGAGGAGGGCGCAGGAGGAGAACUCGCGGAAGGCGGUGGCCCGCGCGCUGGACGUGUGCAGGCAGAAGCAGGCGAGCGCCACGGCGGCGGUGGUGGAGGGCGACCCCAAGGAGGCCAUCUGCCAGGCCGUGGAGGACAUGCGCGCCGACCUGCUCGUCCUCGGCAGCCGCGGCCUCGGCAUGGUCAAGAGGGCGUUGCUAGGCAGCGUGAGCGACUACCUCGCCCAUCACGCGUGUUGCCCCGUUCUCAUCGUCAAGCCACCCAACAAGGCGCACCACAAGUGAAGAAGCUCUACACAGGCUACCUUUUUGGCUCGUUUGUCAACUACUCCCUCCGUUCGGAAUUACUUGUCACGGAAAUAGAUGUAUCUAGACGUAUUUUAGUUCUAGAUACAUCCAUUUUCGAGACAAGUAAUUCCGAACGGACGGAGUAGUACUAGUAGCACUGGCUUGUUAGCGACUUGUGCUUCCAAUAAAGAUGUAGCGAUGGAGCUCCCGUGUAUAGCCGUGUAGUAUGUUCGGUAGGCUCCAUCAUGUGUAUGUAGCAUGUUCAGAAGUUCAAUCUCAAUCGUGUAGUUGUCCC